AUGUCACACCGGCGGCAGCGGGCGGCGGCAAGUGGGGCAGUCCAUCUUGACCUCCAUCCACCGGACCCCAACGUCGUCGCCGUCGCUGCUGAAUAUGAGGACGCUGACGCCGACGCUGACGACGCUGAUGCGGAUGGUGGAGGUGACGAUGAUGACGAGGAAGACAAGCUCGUCGCGGUGGCCGCAGCAGACGAUAUAGUUGCAAUGCCCGCACAAGUGGCGGGGAGCCCUCACGCCAUCACAAGCAAGCCAUUUUCCAAGCACAUAUCACUCAUCUUCCAAUGCUCUGCUGCAGUCACAAAGCCUGCAGCACCAGUGCCCCCAAUCAUACAAUCAUGGUCACGACACGUGCGCCUUCACCUCGGUGACCCGAACGGUGACCCGAACGGGGUCGCAUCCUCCAAAAAACCGCCUACUGGUUACUACUAG